AUGGCAUCAUCAAUAGCAAAUAAAGUUAUAUCUUACUUUUUUAUAUUCGAUUUUUACCAUUUUUUAGUGCUAUCUAAAGAUCGAUUCACUUCAUAUGAAGCAAAUAUUCAUCUUAAUCAUAUUCUUCAGUUAUUUAAUAUGCUCUAUGGCACAUUCAAUCAUAUACAAUCCAUUUAUCCAGAUGUUAAUCAAAUUCAUAUGUAUCUUAAAAAAACAUUAUCACCAAUCACAGAAUAUAUAUUUAAUGAAAAUCGUUCAAUAAAAAAUCUUUUUUCAGCUAUUGAUUAUGCACUAUUAAAAAAAAAUAAUCGGCAAUAUUUAUUAGGUAUUAAACAUCUUCUAAAUCAUUUACAAACGAAAUAUGAAAUAAAAGAUGGUUUUUUUGCCUAUGAAAAAAGAAUAUUAUAUUCCACUUUGGAUAGUGAUACAACAUUUUACUUACAAGUAAUUCUCAGUUUAGAGCGAAGUUUACCAGCAAGUAAAAUAUACAUUCCAUUAGAAUCCGAAACGAAAUUAAAAAAUGGUGUAUCACUUAUUCGAAUAUAUAUUCGUCAACCAAUGAGUUUGCAACCAAUUUUAAAUGAUAUAAAUACCAAGACUAGACCAAAUUCUAAUCUUCAAAUGCCAUCAGAACCGAUUAAUAUAAUUAUGCCUUUAUUACUCGAAGAAAAUGAAACAUCUUUAGUAAAUUUUCAUUUCAAUAGUAUGGGUGAUUCACUGUCUCCUGGCAUUCGAAGACAACUUGAUCUAGUUAAUCAAGGAGACUCACCUGAUUCAUUUGGAGAAACAACUAGUUUCGAUACUGAUCGAACAGGGAAUACUUCAUCUCCAAAGAAAACUGUAAUAAAUAGUAUGGCACCAUCUGUCUAUAAAAAAGAAUCUACUUCAAUUAAACAAUUAUCAUACGAAGAAUCCAAUUCAAUAUUUUCAUCUAAAUCACAGAAUGAAUUAUCAUCUGACAGUCAACAAAGAAGAUAUCAAUACGAACGAUCUUAUUCCGAAGCAUCUCUAAAAACAGAUAAAGAAUCAUCAAGUUUGAAUGAUUCAAUUGAUAAAGUUACAAUUGUACCUAUAGAAAAAGAUGAUUAUGAAACUGAUUGUAAUCAAGACGAUAUUAUUUGUUUACCUCCUAUGUCAUCAUUUUCAAAUUUUCAUCGAACAAGACAAAGAACCAUUUCAAAUCCAUUGGAUUUUAAUGAUGUUGAACAUGGUGAUAAUGAUCGUUAUGAACGACAUGCUAAAUGGGAAGAUAUACCAGAAAAAAAUGAUGAAAUUGAACGUAAUGAAUUAGUACUCUAUGUUCAACGAAAUUCACGUAUGACUUUUGCUGGAAUAAUUGAAAAACAUUUAUUAUCAGAAGAAUAUCUUCAAAAAUUGUGGUGUUUAAUGGUGACCGAAAUGGCAGAUAUGGAUAGAGAAAUUCAAGUUAUUCCAACUGCUGGAGAAAUUAGCAAACACAAUACUGAUAUUAAAUUUCAGUUUAAUGACAACACUCAUCAAACUCAAUUUGAACGAUUAUUGGAUAGAAAUCAUUAUUAUUAUAAAACUCCUUCUCCUGAUCAUGCAUGUAUGGCAGUUAGUGCUCGUACAAAAUUGAACCAAAAUCCAGAACGAAAAAUGAUUGGACUUUCGAGGGGUAAUGCAUUGAUAUCAGUCAAUCGACUUUUACCUGAUCGUGUAACUUAUUUCUGCCAUCGAUUACAAGAGCCUCGAUGA